GGAGAAACAGAGGCCCUUGCAGUUGAGAUAGCAAGGACCAAGACAACUAUGGACGAUUUUCAUGGGGACUUCUCCAGUCACAGAAAAGCCAUUAUGUCUGAAAUAUGUUGCAAUCAGAUUGCUGCAAACAUCCUGCUUUAAACACCCUCUGAAAAUCAGCUGAAAAACCUAUUUGGCUGCAGAAAGACCUGGGUCAAGGUAGUAUAAACAAGUAAUUAUCAAGGAUGGGAGACGAAGGUGCAGGUGAACCCUUUGUGGGUAUAGUGACUGGUGGGGCCGCAGAUUAUGAAGGCAUCCUUCCCUCAGAUACAAUUUCCCUGAGUGACUCCGAUUCAGAAGAUUUUGAGUUUGCAGGCAGUGCUGAAGUUGAUGCUGUAUCCCCUGAGGAGCCCCUUCCUUCAGAUGAUGUGGAUUAUGAAUCAAGUAAGAGUGGUGACUCUUUGCACAGCAGCCAAAAAUCAUUUGUUCAGCCAUUUCAUUUGAAGGGCAUGAGUUCAAGCUUUUCACAGCGCAGCCAGAAUAUUUUUGAUUGUCUGGAAGGAGCAGCCAAGCAGGCAGUGCCCUUGAUGGCUGAAGACAACGUCAUCGAUGGACGGUUUAAACGCCCUCUGCCACCACCCAGCAUUUCAAACAAGAUGCCUGUGGAAAGCUUUGGAAGACAACAUGAGCCAGUUCAAUCUUCUAAAAGUUCUCCGGCAGUACCUGAUUAUGUGGCCCAUCCAGAACGCUGGACCAAAUAUAGUUUGGAGGAUGUUGCAGAAGGUAGUGAUGAUACCAACAGAUCAGUUGCUAUGGAGUUCCUGAGUGGCUUGAAGAAGGGUAGAAAGGAACAAAGCUCAACAUGUCCUGAAAAUUACAUACCAUCUUUCAACCAGGAUGCUUCUAGCUCUGGUGCAGGAAGAAUUGUCUUUACCAAACCCACAAAGGCAGGCUUAGGCAGGUCAGAAAGAAAAAGAGUAGCUUCAGCGGAGGAAAAGGAGGAGGCCAACAUCAUUAAUGCAAACCAAGAGGUCAAAGGAAGGCCUCUGUGUAAUUUGGAUGCCCAGAAUAAAGGUGAUACAGUUGUAGCCGAUCCAUUAGGGAGCAGAGUAAAAAAAGUGGAAGGUUGGGAGCAGCUGAAAUUGGAAGAACUGGGUGCUCAAAGAGCUAACACAGGUUCUCCAGAGGUGCAUGAAGAGAAUGUGACGUCAACUGUGGGGUUCCAUGGUAGCAAGAAAAGGAGUAGGAAACAUUUCCGACCCAAAGCUAACCAUGAUGAAGAGGAAGAAGAAUCCUAAAAGCCAGCAAUAUAUUUGUCUUUCCCAGUGAUUGUUUAUGCAAAAUAUUUUCUUCAUUGUUUGCAUGAAUUUGGGCAAUUUGUUUUCCUUAACAUGCUUGGAGCUGUGACUUAAAAUACUUGUAACUUUGCCCUUUCCAACGAAAUCCUGCUGUGUGUUACAAUAAAAAUUAUAAGACGUUUUGCCUUGAAAUAGUCCAACAAUACCUGCAGAGUUUCUGCCUAUGAAGGAAGGCUCGGCUAUUCAUACAAAACUUUUGACCAAUAUUAGUAUCUCCAUCAACUCAUAACUGACAAUACAUGUCCUGUGGAUGAGAUGCAAGAUUUGUCAGUUUAGUGUAGAUGAGGCAAAGGUUUAACCAGUAUUAUUUCACACUAUAUAAAAGCACGAAAAAUGACAACUCAUAUGCUGCUUGGGUAGAGAUGAGAAGAUGUAAACAUGCUAUAUGUUAAGAUCAUAGGAAAAGUUUUGCAGAAUUGGAAGAGAUGCUUUCUAAAAUUAAAGUAUAGCCAACAAAUUCAUACCUAGACUUGAUUGGAUCAGACUGUUGAAUUGCCAAAACUUCCCUGACAACUAAAGGUCUUUUCCUCCAUAUUUGAGAGCUGCUCCUAAAGUACAGGGAUUCGUGUCAGCCUAAUUGGGUUUGCAUAGGAAUAAAGGAGCUUAAAAUAGG